AUGAAUUGUGUUCUUAUUUUCAUCCUAAUUACUAAGAUUGUUAAGGGAGGGGAAAACCCUGAUUCUCCGAAAACUUCUGAUCCGAAUGAUAGGGGCUUGUUAACCAAAGUGUCAAACACCGAAGUUGCUGUUGUACAAAACGGUUCUAUAAAGGAGCAGUGCAACAACGUAAGGCCGCUAAUCCAAUACGACAAGGCCUUUUGCCACGAAAAUUGUAUUCAGGUGGCCGAAGAUUGUAAAUUGGCAGCUGACCCUGUACACUGUGUAGCCAAAUUAAAAAAUAAGAGCGUAGAGAGGAAUCUGUUUUUUAAAAAAUGUAGAUUUGCAGAUCAUUUUCAAAAAUUGGUGGACAAUAAAUCAAAUAGCUAUACGAACAAGUGUUUCUUGACAAAGUCGGUGUACAGAGACUCAUGGGUCGACACCGCUAACAAAAGCUGCCAUUGCGCACUGGUAAACGCAGAGCCGUGCUCAGAAGAGGAGAUUGAAAACUCGGAAGACACACUGGAGGAGCUGAGAAACUUGGCAAUUUGUCCAAGGUUUGACCACGAAAAGUUUAGAAUCGACAAUAAGUCAAUAUUCUCGAUAGGCAUCGGCAAAGGGAAGAAGAUACACUGCCCAAAGCUGUGGAUGCUGACGAAUAAUAGCCCAGAGAGGCCAAACCUGCCAAUGAAGGGAGUUGAUUUGGAAAUAAGCAGCGUGGAAGAUGGAGAACUAAGUAAAUUCUGCCAACACGGACCAGUAUACUCGGCAUAUUCUACGCAAAGUUCAAGUAAAGGUUGGGACUAUAGCUGUGACGACGUAAAGGCGCUGGACUCUAAAUGGAAAAAUUCGUGCCAAGAAAUGUGUAGAAAAGUGGACAAGCACUGCUCAAAGUUCGAUUCGCAGCUAAUAGAGUGUUUGAAGCAAAGGCUGACGACGGGAGAAGAGCAGAGGUUAUUUUCCAAAUACAACUGCUAUUUCCCAGAAGAAAGUAGUUAUGUUUUAUGGCAGAGGAAUAUUGAAAAUGUAGAUAAGCUAGUGGGAGAAAUGGAACACUGUGAGCUGGUGUACAGAGACUCGGAAAAUAAAGAGGAAUGUUUAUCGCUGUGCGAAUUCUCAAAGGAGUAUUGCGGAGUAAAUCUGAAUGAAACGAAACAGGAGUGUAUGAAAGAAAUAUUUGAAGAAAAAAAUGAAAAUAAAGAAGCAUAUAAAGAUGAGGAGAUAAAGAAAAUGAUGGAGACGUUUAAAACAAACUGCAAAUUUAAAAGGAAUAACCUGGGAAAAGGAUAUAUGUUCUGUAAACUGAAAAAGAGAAAGUGCGAUUACACAGCAUGGUCAGAAUGGUCACAGUGUAGCGGUAGCUGUAUAGACUACGAUAACAUACCAAUAAGAUAUAGGAAGAGAAGGCUGACAGGAAACGGAGACUGCAUAGAGGAAAAACUAGGAACACUAGAGUUCCAAAUAUGCUCAAACCUGCCGACGUGUAGAUACAGGCAGUGGAUAACGAAGGACUUCACAGAGUCGGAGGUAAUAGGAAACUUUGACAAGAUCAAGGAAGAGUCCGAGGAGAGAAGUCAGCAGAAGUGGAUAACAAUAGCACUCAAUAUGCACCCGGAAAUCAUGAGGUCGAAGUACAACGUAAACCUGCAAGACGAAGAGGAGGUGGAAAACGGAGAAAAGUAUGUGAUAAGGAAGGCAGUGAUCGUCACGACGUUUGAACAGACGGAGUGCAGCUGCCCCAAAGGCUACAAGGAGAUCAGCUUCGCAACCUUCAUAAAAAGCAGGAACCUGAAGGAGCAGCUGGAACAGCUCUGCAGAAACGACGCAUACAGCCAGCUGGUCUUCGAUAGCAGAGGAAGGUACGUCUUCUACUGCAACAUAGGCCUCGUGAUCAAGGAGGUGGAAAGGGCGACCUGCGACGACCCGGACAGCAAGGAGUACGUGGCCUGCAGAAAGGAAGAAGGAUACCUGGAAAAAAUAAAGGAGAAGAAGGUGAGACUGCUGGUGAAGAGCGUAAUAGGACUGGCGGCAAUGAUGGGAACGAUGCUGAUGUUGCUUAAAAACACUGAUUUGGAGAGCGGAGGCACAAAGGGAAACUUAGGGUAUCUACACCCGGGAAAAAGGCACAUGAGCCACGGCCAUGGGCACGACGACCACCACGGACACGGAGCCCACCACCACGAGGAGCCGCCGCACUACGCGUACAGAGGGGACGGGCUGCCGAGCGUAAAGUGCGAAGAGCUGCAGCACAUGCUUCACAUGAACGAGAGGCUCAAGGCGAAGCUGAGCGAAAGGCCAGCGCCGCACCCCGCGGAGUCGCACCUGGAGACGAGCGACAAGGUGGACCCGGAGACGAUGGAAGUGUACACGGAGCUGCAGCUGUUGUACAACAAGGUCCUGGCGGCAAACUGGCACGACACAGUGCAGCUGACGAUGAACAUGGACAUCUGGGUGAGCAACCUGGAUAAGCUGAGGAGGCGAGGAAGGGACCUGCCGCACGUGCAGGUGCAGGCGCUGCUCUCGGAGACGCUGAAGCUGUUUGACCUGGUCUACCAGGUCGAGGACCUGCAGGACCACCUCUACGAGCUAAUGGAGGAGCUGACGCCGGGGCCGGACUCGGAGGCCGACCACGCGCAGAACGCAGUGAGCAACCUGAAGGAGCACCUGCGGGAAGUGCUCGCGAGGUACCAGGAGAUGAAGCGGCUGUACCCGGAGUACACGGUGAAGCUGAAGGAGAGCGUGGGCUACACGCUGGCGGUGCUGAGGCAGCGCUACACGUUCGACUGGCCGGAGGAGCACAGCUACUUUUAUUGA